AUGGGGUUCACUGCCCGGGUGUACUCCCAUGCCAGCGAGCCAUCAGCCGACCUGUCAGCCGUUGUGGGGACUUAUAAAAACAUAUGGAAGGCAAUGACAGAUACCCCGUCUUUGAAGAUAGCCCACCUCAAUCUCACCACAGAAUACGAUAUCCAACAACUCCAAAGAUGGCAGGCGGACCUGACCCCGAGAUCACCCGAUACAAUCCAUGGAUUGAUCAAUCGACACUACCGAUCAAGCCCUGAGAACAUUGCGAUACGCAGUACCACUGAAAAGCUUACAUACGAACAGCUUGGCAAGAUGUCUGCGGCAAUAGCCCACAAACUAGUAGCCAAAGACAUCAAAUCAGGCAGCAGGGUCGGAGUCUAUCUGGAAAAGUCUGCAUGGGCGAUUGUGGUCAUCAUAGGUGUCCUGCGUGCAGGAGCGGCUUUAGUUCCGCUCGAUGUUUCAUGUCCCGGAGACCGACUGGCCUAUAUUGCCCAGAAGUCGAGAUUGCAAGCAUUAAUCACCGGGGCGGCGCUCACGGACAAAGUGACCAAGUCAGGUUGUCAUGAUGUCGAGCAAAUAACGCUCUCCAGCCUCAGGCAGCUGCAGGUCCCAGAGAAUUGGCGCACGGAGACAGCCAGCGACCCCUCGCAACUUGCGUAUAUCAUGUUCACGUCCGGAAGUACAGGCAAACCCAAAGGCGUGGUGCACCUACACCAAACAGUCGCUGGAGGCUUGCAAGACGUGACUGAGGCCUUGCACCUGGAUUCGGACACAAACCAGUUGCAAUAUGCCUCGUUUUCCUUUGAUGCUAGCAUUUUGGAGCUCUUUGGGCCUUUGAUUGUUGGAGGAACUGUUUGUGUGCCAUCGACGGAAGAAAGAGUGGAAAAUCUGCAGUCAACCAUGCGCAAGCUCGAAAUUACAGAUGCCGUCCUGACCCCGGCAGUGGUUGCACAGCUUGAGCCGGCAAAUUUACCUUCACUCAGAGUCAUUUCGGUGGGCGGCGAUGCGCCAAGCUCAAACAUUCUGCGCAAUUGGUCUCGACGCGUCACGCUGAAUAACAUGUACGGCACCACGGAAACAUCAGUUUGGGAUACAAUAAAGACCGGCAUGAAACUAGGGAAUGACCCCAAGGAUAUUGGGAAAGGCAUCCGAGUCAAUUGCUGGAUUGUGGAUCCUGACAAUGUGGAAAGGCUACUCCCCAUCGGCGCUAUAGGCGAGCUACUCAUACAAACCCCAUAUCUCGGGAAGGGGUAUCUGGACGAACCAGACCAGACUUCCUCAGCAUUCAUUGAGACUCCGAGGUGGUAUGCCCAGUUCCAAGAUACCGCAGAGUGUCCGAUGUAUAGAACCGGUGAUCUUGCCAAGCUCGAUGAUGAGGGCAACGCCAUCUUUAUUGGCCGCGAGAGCGGCUUCGUCAAAAUCCGUGGCAUGCGAGUGGAGCUGACUGAAAUCGAGAGGGUCAUUGAAUCCGUGAUUGCUCCGCGUAAAGCCGCAGUCGUUCUGGCCGGUGCUGGCGGGAAAGAAGAGAAUCCGGAGAUUAUGGCUUACAUCGAAACCCCUCACGACUUCAAUCCGUUGUUAGCCAACGAUAUGCAUGCGGCACUGAAGGGGCAAUUGCCUUCGUAUAUGAUACCCUCGGUCUUUAUACCCAUCGAGUCAAUCCCAUUGAACGAGUCGAAGAAGAAAGAUAGACAGCGUUUGUAUGCAGCAAUCUCCCGAAUGAACGGCACAGAGCUAGUGGCGCACAGACCAGGCUCCUCCUCUAUGACACAGUGGAAGAAGAUCGAUCCGAGAAGAGAGUUUUCUGUUAAGAUUAGCAACAUAGUCGCAGAUAUAUUGGAAGCCAGGCAGGAUCCUGUCGCUGAGUGUCUCCGGGGUCAUGACUUUCCAAUCUCCAGUGUUGGGCUUGAUUCCGUUGAGAUGGCGCAACUCACAGGGCUUAUGCAACGAGAUUGGGGGAUGAACAUCAGGGUCGGAAGACUGCAGGAGCCAGGAUUAACCAUCGGACAUCUUGAAGAAUUAUUCCAUGGUGGCGCCGAAGCGGCCGACAACGAGACGACAGUGGAUAUCCUCGACGAGCUAAACCAUAUCCUACCACGAAUCAAAGCGCUUCACAACACCAAGAAGACCAUAUUCGUGACAUCAAUUACCGGGUUCCUGGGGAGUCAAGUGUUGCGCUGUCUGCUCGCGGAGCCCAGUGUCGGACAUAUCAUAGGGUUAGUCCGGGCAAACGAGAUAUCCGAAGCCGAGAGUAAGAUCCGAUAUCAUGCCGAGAUCGGCGAAUGGUGGACGGGGAGCCUGGACCCGCGUGUUGAGAUCUGGCUUGGAGACUUGAGCAAGGAAAAACUGGGGCUGUCUACAGAACAAUGGAAGUGCCUCACUGAAGAGUCUAGCAAGUCACGGAUUGAUGGUAUUAUCCACAACGGAGCGAGAGUCAACUGGCUUGACUCUUAUGAGACUCUGCGACCGACUAAUGUUGACAGUACCGUGGAGGUUCUUUCUGCUGUGGCGAUGCGAUCCAGUCCAUGUCCUCUGACCUAUGUCUCAGGCGGAUAUCUUCCCGCAGCAGAUGAAUCGAAAGAAGACAUUGCGAGGAAGCUUGAACGUGCCAGUGGAUAUGAUCAGACCAAGUUGUUGUCGAGGCUUUUAGUAGAGCAGUACAACAACAAUGUCGACGGGCUUGAGAACCCAUAUGUUCCACCCGCGCAGACAAUUCAGCCUGGCUAUAUUGUUGGGACCAGGACCGAAGGCGUCGCCCAUACGGAGGACUUUCUGUGGCGCCUUGCGUUCAGCAUUCUCAGUCUUGGCGCGAUCAGCGAGGAAUUGACCAACGCGCACAUUCCUGUAGCUGGUGUUGAUCAGAUUGCACGAUUGGUAGUGGAGAGCACAGUGAGAAGAACGCCCCAGUCUAAGCGUGACAUCGACUGCUGGGAUGGUAUCACACUGGGUGAGCUAUGUGCGAUCUUGCAGCGAGAGACGGGAAAUACAGUGAAAAUCAUGCCACACGACGAGUGGAUGCGUGCACUAAGCUCAGAUGUCAAUUCGAGAUCUGACCAUCCAUUUCUCCCCGUGCUGCAGUGGUUUGAAGACAACCAGUGGCAAUUUUCGAACAAUGUGGUGGAUGGCUCUCAUCAGCCAGUCUUUGAGCGGGAGGAGAUUGUGGAGGCCAUUGUCAAAAGCAUGUCAUAUCUGGUCAACAUAGGAUUUAUGCCUUGCACAAAUCAAGUGAAAGGGCCAAGGGGAAGUCGAAAUAUGCCGAUAUUCAAGCGAACCAACUAG